GCAGGGUUCCACAACCAAAUGAGCUACUCAAGAUGGGUGAUGUCAAGCUUGCUGUCUUGGGUGGCAGAGGUACAGGAAAAUCAGCUCUUACAGUAAGGUUUCUUACCAAGCGCUUCAUUGGGGAAUAUGCUUCUAAUUUUGAAUCUAUCUAUAAUAAACACUUGUGUUUGGAAGGAAAACCAUUAAAUCUGGAAAUAUAUGACCCAUGUUCUCAACCACAGAAAGCAAAAGGCUCCCUCACAAGUGACCUGCACUGGGCAGAUGGGUUUGUGAUUGUGUACGACAUCAGCAACAGGCCUUCCUUUGCUUUUGCAAAAGCCCUUAUCUACAGAAUCCGUGAGCCACCAAUGACUCAUUGUAAAAGGGUCAUGGAACCAGCUGUGGUUUUAGUUGGCAACAAACAAGACCUCUGCCACACGAGAGAGGUUGGCUGGGAUGAAGGGCAAAAGCUAGCAACUGAUUACCGCUGCCAAUUCUGUGAGCUGUCGGCCGCAGAGCAGUCCCUGGAGGUCGAGGUGAUGUUUCUCAGACUCAUCAAAGACAUUCUGAUGAUCUUCAAACAUAAGGAGAAGAGAAGACCCAGUGGGUCUAAAUCAAUGGCCAAACUAAUCAAUAAUGUAUUUGGAAAGAGGAGGAAAUCUGUUUAGUAGACAUAUGAUCCAGUGGAAUUGAUCCAUCAAAGAAUUUCAGACACUUAAAUGGCAACUACAGCUAUGACUUAUACAAUUACAUUUACAAUUUAUACAAUUACACUUGAAAUUUUUACAAUUAAAAUGCAGAAUUUUUUGAGACAUGAAAUGACUAAAAGGUCAGUCAUUGCUUUAUCUUAAACUAUAUAAUUUGUUCUUUGAGUUAUAUUUGGUUACCAUUGUUUCUCACACACAUACUUUCACUUGUAUGAGCAAACACUCAUACUGGUGUAAAAGUGGAAAGCUGUCCCCUAAGCCUCAUUUAGAAAACUCUGCACAUGUUG